GAACGCGCCCGCCCGCGCGCACACUCGCAGUCUCCGUGAGAUGCCCGUUAGAUUCGGUGCGGCAGUGCAGUGUCGCGCGCGCAGGGCUCGCGGAUGAUAUCGACCCCACUCAUGCGUGGAUUCCCCGCUCGUCUCCUCGCGCACAAACGGAUCCGUGGACCGGAGACUCCCGCGCGGACCGCCGUGAUGGUGUCACGCGCACGGACGCGUCAGCCGUGCUUGUGAAGAUGAUGAAGAAGAUGAUGAUGAUGAUGAUGAUGAUGGUGGUGGUGAGGACCGGAGCUCUCCUCCGGUUACCGGGGCUCGUGAUCAGACUCACGGUGCUGAUGUUUGUCGCCGGGUCGAGCGGGAUGCCGCACGUGCUCAGAUUCGGAGGGAUCUUCGAGUCGAUAGAGAGCGGCCCAUCUGGACCAGAAGAACUGGCCUUUAAAUUCGCACUGAACACCAUCAACAGGAACCGGACGCUUCUGCCCAACACGACGCUCACGUACGACAUCCAGAGAAUCAACGUCUUCGACAGUUUCGAGGCGUCCAGGAAAGCCUGCGAGCAGCUCUCCCUGGGCGUGGCUUCGAUCUUUGGCCCCUCCCACAGCUCGUCAGCCAAUGCGGUGCAGUCGAUCUCGAACGCCCUCGGUGUCCCUCACAUUCAGACCCGCUGGAAGCACCAGGUGUCGGAUAACAGGGACUCUUAUUAUGUCAGUCUGUAUCCCGACUUCUCCUCGCUCAGCCGGGCCAUACUGGACCUCGUGCACUUCUUCAGGUGGAGGACCGUCACGGUGGUGUACGACGACAGCACAGGUCUCAUCCGUCUGCAGGAGCUCAUUAAAGCUCCUUCUCGUUUCAACAUCCGGCUGAAGAUCCGGCAACUCUCCGCCGACACCAAAGACGCCAAACCGCUCCUCAAAGACAUGAAGAAAGCGAAGGAGUUCCACGUCAUCUUCGACUGCAGUCACGACAUGGCAGCCUGGAUCCUCAAGCAGGCUCUCUCAAUGGGAAUGGUGACAGAAUACUAUCAUUACAUCUUUACAACUCUGGAUCUGUUUGCUCUGGAUAUGGAGCCGUAUCGGUUCAGUGGAGUGAACAUGACGGGUUUCCGGAUCCUGAACACCGAGAGUCCACAGGUUUCGUCCAUCAUCGAGAAGUGGAGCAUGGAGAGACUACAGGCGCCGCCCAAACCAGACUCAGGCCUGCUGGACGGGUUCAUGACGACGGACGCUGCGCUCAUGUACGAUGCGGUUCACAUCGUCGCUGUGGCCGUCCAGCAGUCGUCUCAGAUCACGGUCAGUUCUCUUCAGUGUAACAGACACAAACCCUGGCGCUUCGGUGGGAGAUUCAUCAGCCUCAUCAAAGAGGCAUCAUGGGACGGACUGACGGGGCGAAUCCUCUUCAACAAAACCAACGGCUUGAGGACAGACUUCGACCUGGACGUGAUCAGUCUCAAAGAGAACGGCCUCGAGAAGAUCGGGACGUGGGACCCUCCGCGUGGACUGAACAUGACAGAGAAUCACAAGAGUAAAAUCACCAACAUCACAGACUCGCUAGCCAACAAAUCACUGCGCGUGUCCACUAUACUGGAGGAGCCGUACGUCAUGUUUAAGAAGUCGGAUAAGCCGCUGUACGGCAACGACCGGUUCGAGGGCUUCUGUGUGGAUCUGCUCCGGGAGCUGUCGGGGAUCCUGGGCUUCCGGUACGAGAUCCGGCUGGUGGAGGACGGGAAGUACGGGGCGUUCGAGGAGAACACGGGCCAGUGGAACGGCAUGAUCCGCGAGCUAAUCGACCACAAAGCGGACCUGGCCGUGGCUCCGCUGACCAUCACGUACGUGCGAGAGAAGGUGAUUGACUUCUCCAAACCCUUCAUGACUCUGGGAAUCAGCAUUCUCUACCGCAAACCCAACGGCACCAACCCCGGCGUGUUCUCCUUCCUCAACCCUCUGUCCCCUGAUAUCUGGAUGUAUAUUCUGCUGGCUUGCUUGGGUGUCAGUUGUGUGCUGUUUGUCAUAGCCAGGUUCAGUCCGUACGAGUGGUAUAAUCCUCAUCCCUGCAAUCCCGACUCAGACGUGGUGGAGAACAACUUCACUCUCCUCAACAGCUUCUGGUUUGGUGUCGGAGCUCUCAUGCGUCAAGGAUCGGAGCUCAUGCCGAAGGCUCUCUCCACCAGGAUCGUGGGAGGGAUCUGGUGGUUCUUCACGCUGAUCAUCAUCUCCUCGUACACGGCCAAUCUGGCGGCGUUCCUGACGGUGGAGCGAAUGGAGUCGCCCAUCGACUCGGCGGACGAUCUGGCCAAGCAGACCAAGAUCCUGUACGGCCUGGUCGAGGACGGCGCCACCAUGACCUUCUUCAAGAAAACCAAGAUCUCCACGUACGAUAAGAUGUGGGAGUUCAUGAAGAGUCGCGGUCAGUCUGUGAUCGUGAAGAGCGUGGAGGAGGGAAUCCAUCGAGUGCUGACGUCGGAUUACGCGUUCCUGAUGGAGUCGACGGCCAUCGAGUUCGUCACGCAGCGCAACUGCAACCUCACGCAGGUCGGAGGACUCAUCGACUCCAAGGCCUACGGCGUGGGGACUCCCAUGGGCUCCCCGUAUCGGGACCGCAUCACCAUCGCGAUCCUGCAGCUGCAGGAGGAGGGGAAGCUGCACAUGAUGAAGGAGAAGUGGUGGCGGGGCAACGGCUGUCCCGAGGAGGAGAGUAAAGAGGCGAGCGCUCUCGGCGUGCAGAACAUCGGGGGAAUCUUCAUCGUUCUGGCCGCCGGGCUCGUGCUGUCCGUGUUCGUGGCCGUCGGGGAGGUGCUCUACAAGUCCAGGCAGAACGCGCACAUUCAGAAGCGCUCGUUCUGCAGUGCGAUGGUGGAGGAGCUCCGGGUGUCUCUGAAAUGCCAGCGGCGGCGGAAACAAAAGCCUCAACCUCCCGCCAUCGUCAAAACAGAAGAGGUCAUUAACAUGCACACCUUUAACGACAGGAGGCUCCCGGGGAAAGAGACCAUGGCCUGAGAUCCCGCGGGAUCCUCCUGUAACUCUCGUCCCAACGACGGACACAAAGAUGUUUCCUGUGGAAAUCCGGAUACGCGAGCGACUGAUCGGUCUCUCUCUGUCCUGCGGCGCGACAUCCUUCUCGUUCUGUGUUGCUUAUCUCUGUUUUCUCUGUGAAAGACAUGUAGGAUGCUGUGAAAUGAAGUAGAUGUUUUAAACGGAUCGGUUUUGAUGUGAGAGAAAUGCUGCCUUCAAGAGCGCCGGAUGACGACAGACUCCCAGAACCUUCUCCAAACGUCUAUUAGACGUUAUUAGUAGGGAUGCGCGAUAUAUAUCGGUAUCGGCCGAUAUAUGAUCAGUUUUACUGUUAUCGUUAUCGGCCGGAUAAGAAAAUUUAGCCGCUUUAUUAAAGCCGAUAAAUAAUGUAA